AUGAACCCGAACCUGCCGAGUUCGACUCGGCCUAACGAGUUUCCAGUGGUUCUGAAGCCGUCCAUGGAGGCCAUGGAGAUCGCGCUCCGGGUCGCUGAGGUGGAUCCUCGUCGUACCCUGUUUCUCGAUGACCACAUCCGUAACGUCGCUUUUCUUGGCCUUGAAGUGGUGAUUGCUGGAGCUGAUCAGCAAGAGGCACAUCACCUUGGGCUGCUGAUGAGAGAAAGGCUGCUGCAGAAGACACCAUGCUCGCUUACAAGGCUGCCCAGGCGUAGCGCUUGCGGAUCUUGCACCAACGCAUCCGAUAAGAUUGGGUUCAUGGCUAGCAGAGGCGGUGAGGCUGAAGAAGACGACUACUUUGGCCUCCUCUGGUUGUUGUGCUUUUUGGAAGCCCUGUGCGCUUCUGAUCCUACUGAUGGCUUCACGCGUGUGUCAUUGGCUGCACAAAACCUCAAGUUACAGAUACCAUAUGACAAGUCUCCGGCGGAUCGUUACAGCAGAGUCGAUGGAGUUGAGAGGUUUUGGGUCGACACCAAUGACAAGCCCUUUAAACAAGGCAGUCCAACCAGGCCACGCACAGAGAUAAGAAUUUCUGGAUAUGACUACACAUCUGGAGUUUGGCAAUUUGAGGGCAAUUUCUAUGUGCCACAAGGCAGCUCGAUAAUGCAGAUCCAUGGUGCAGCGACUGAAGCUACAACACUGCAACUGAGGGUGUAUAACGGGGAUCUCAAGUACAAUGGAAACACUGUGGUGGCUUCAAAUAUCUACGACAAAUGGCUCAGACUCAAUGUCAUUCACAAUGUUGGUGCUGGAAAGGUCACCAUUUUUAUCGACGGCAAGCAAAAGCUUGUCGUAAAUGGUCCCAGCCGAGCUAACUUUUACUUCAAGUAUGGGGUUUAUGGUGCCUUGUCUGCUUCAAGUAACUACAUGGAAUCUAGGUCGAAGGAGGUCAAACUUUUCAAGAAAUGAUCCAUGGUGGUGGAGUCAAUGUAAGAAUAAAAUAAUAAUAAUAAUAAUAAUAAUAAAAACAGGUUAAUUAAUAAAGCUUUUUUUUUUUUGAGCCAAGAGGUAUGUUCCGUCAAUCUUUAACUCUAGGAAGCCCAAGAGGCAAGGAGGUUUUGGGCCGAAUCACAAUUUUGAUCCUUGGCUGCCUGAAGAAGAGUUUGGGAU